UGACUUGAUGCCAAUGCGUAAAACAAACCCACGAACAUGGAAACUGUUCAGAGAUGCAUCACUUGGAUAUAAACAUUGAUGACUUCCUUUUACAUUCCCGAAGUGAUUGAGUACUUCCUAGUCUGCAUCUCUGCGAGGAAUACCGGGUCACACAAAUCACCAUUCCUUCGUAUCCCAUUCAGAACAGGGUUUAUAUCCUGCACCAUUGCCGACCUACCACAUCACCCAGAAUUUGGGCCACACAAAUCACGAUGUCGAUUCUCAUACGUGCAAACGACGCUCUCAACAUCAAUCCACCCUCCGGAGUGGGCUCAGCCCUGUCUGUACACGGUUCUGACUUCCUCUGGGCUGUCACGGCAAUCUUCAUUGUGUCGUUCCUCGGUCUCCUGGUCUUCUGCUUUACCACUCCCGAGAGCGAUAGGAUCUUCCACUACCUUUUCACAUGUGCUCUCCUGGCCGGUUCUGUUUCCUACUACGCUCAGGCCUCUGACCUUGGCUGGAGCCCUGUUGAGCAGGUCGAUGGCAGCGGAACCCGCCAGAUCUUUUGGCCAAGAUACGUCAAUUGGGCCGUUGCGUUCCCGUCUGUCACCCUCGCUCUUGGACUGCUGUCUGACGUCUCGUGGACAACCAUUUUCACCAACAUCUUCAUCUGUUUGCUAUGGGUCGUCACCUACCUUGUCGGUGCCUAUACGACCACCGUCUACAAGUGGGGCUUCUUCGCGUUUGGAACCUUUGCCUUUGUUAUUCUUGCCAUGAGCACGCUGAACGAGAGCAGGGAGGCAGCACAGCGUAGCGGGAUCACAAGAGACUAUAUGAUCCUGGCAGGAAUUGCCAACGUAUGCUGGAUCUUGUACCCGAUUGCCUGGGCAUUGACAGAUGGCAGCAACAAGAUUGGCGUUACUGGUGGUUUCAUAUUUUUCGGUGUCCUUGACAUAAUCCUGGUUCCUGUCUUGAGCUUCGUCUUGGUGUUUCUCUCACGCAGCUGGGGCUACGCUCAGUUGAAUCUCGACCUCAGCGAAUCUAGAAGCGGAUGGCACGCCGGCAGCGCCAGGAAGGAGCCAGUCUUGGAGACAAACCACGGCUCACCGGCGUGAAUGAUUUAGGAGGGAGUGGUCAAAGGGACAGGCACCUUGCACCUGUGUGGUGUCAGCUUGGGAUCAAUCGUCGUCAUCUGCGAGGACGUGUUGAUGAUGAUGGACAUGGUGCACUUGGGGAGAUGAGGCAGAUUCUACUGUAUGAGAAAGUGUAGUCGAUCUUGACAGGAUGCUCAGAUAAAAUCGAAAAUGGAAGAAGAAAUAAGGAUUUGAUCUUUUUUGUA